GAAUUUGAAGCUCCGCAAGUACCCCAGGACAGAGGGGCGGCAAAAGCCGGAUGAGUGGUUAGCUUGUCAUGUUUUUGGUGGUGGUUUAUGGGCUCGUGCUGGCCUUGCCACUUCUAUUUCUCGUGCGACGCUCCUUAUCGCCAUCGCCUCAGCCUCCUCCAGUAGAUCCACAACCAGAAGAGAAGAAGUCGUUAAAGACAAUCAUGCAACCACCCAGAGACGACCUCGACCCCCCGAAGGAUGACCCCUUCACCCUUGAUCAACUCAAGGAGUUCGACGGCUCCGACAGUUCGAAGCCGAUCUAUGUGUCCAUUAAGGGCACUGUCUUUGACGUCACACGUAAAAGCGACGUGUACGGUCCCGGAAAAUCAUACAACAUCUUUGCCGGGAAGGACGGCUCAAAGGGACUUGGAAAGUCCAGUUUGAACCUAGAGGACGCUGUACCAGAUUACAGCGACCUACCAGAGAACGAGAAGAACGUUCUCAACGACUGGUUCUCUUUUUUCCAGAAACGCUACAACAUUGUCGGACGCGUUACAGAUAUGCCUGCUUCAGUUUCUAAUCUUGCUAAUCUAUAGCUUUCGCCCAAAUUGAUCAAUCUCUAUCGCCGUCCUAUCAAUUUUCAUUAAUCGUUGUUCAAACGCACUGUACCAUUGCAUCACGACCCUAUCUUUGCACGAAUACCUUUUUGAAUGGAAAUAUGAUCCAGUCCGACCAGUCGUUCGCCAGCAAGUUAUUGGAUCGCUAUCCUAGUUACAGUAUCAUUACCUGCUAUGUGUGGGUAUGAUUCUGUUCGCCAGCUGUGUGGCGUUCCAUACCCCCGAGUG